AUGCUCGGAACACCGGUGAAUUUGCCCAAGUGGCUGGAAGCGAACUCGCAUCUACUGAAGCCGCCAAUCAAUAACUACUGCGUCUACAAUGAAGAUUUUACAGUGAUGAUCGUCGGUGGCCCCAACGCCCGCACGGAUUACCAUAUCAACGAGACGCCUGAGUGGUUCUACCAGCACAAGGGCGCCAUGAUACUCAAGGUCGUCGACGACGGUGAUUUCCGCGACAUCAUCAUCGGCGAGGGCUCCAUGUUCCUGCUGCCCGCCAACACACCUCACAACCCCGUGCGCUUCGCCGACACAGUGGGCGUCGUUCUUGAGCAGCGUCGGCCGCCGUCGUCCAUCGACCGUAUGCGCUGGUAUUGCGCACAACCCGACUGCCGUGCCAUUGUGCACGAGGCAGCUUUCCACUGCACAGAUCUCGGUACGCAGAUCAAGGUCGCCGUCGAGGCGUUCCGCGAAAGCGAGUCCGACCGCACAUGCAGCAAGUGCGGCACCCUCGCCGACUGGGCACCACCACCGGGCUCGAUCGUGGAUCCGAACAAGGCGUAG